UUUUUGUCUACGCCUUUUUUCUUUAUUUUCAUUGUUUAUUUUAAUGUUGGGAUCAAGAACACUGCGGGUGAUGCAUCAUGUCAACCGAAUAAAAACGGUCCGACCACUACCAAAAAAGUCAGGUCAUCCCUGUCCAACCUCGUAUCAUCCGGUGCGUACGAUAUCUUUCAUGACGAUUCCGAGACUGGCAUUAGCCAUUUCGAGUAAACGACACCGUCAGAUGGUGUUGGGUGGUCUUGGUGCUGCCACCUUGCUCAGUUCCGUCCUGGGGCCCGCCGUGUGGAUCGCUGUAGGAGGAGCGACAUCCGUGUUCUUUUGGAGACUGUACAAGCGAGCCAAGAACUGGUGGGAUUAUCUGUCACCGGCUUCUUCCCAAUUGGUGACGAUAACAGAACGACUGGUAUCGAGUAUGAGCUCUCAUCGAGCCACUGAGCUUGUGAGAGAAGAAGCGAUUCGACAACUUAGAGAAUACUUUGAAAGUACAGAUCAAGGCAAGCAGAUACUAGAGGAGUUUGGGUUAGAUCAUGUAAAGGAUCUCGUCUGGGACGACGUGUACAAAUCAGAAACGACCCGGCUAGACAAAGAUGGAAAGCUGCACCAGGUAGUCAUUAACUUUUGGUUGUCCGACGAAACGUCUCAGGGGCCUAAGGGUGGAAGCUGCGAAGUGACUGCAUCGGCUACGGUCAGAGAAGGUGGAAAGAUUCAUUUGGAUUCCCUAUCAAUGAAUGCUCCUGGUUGGCAUGCGGAAGAAGUCAUACCAACAAAGUAAAAAAAAAAGAUGGGUCGGAUGCUAAAGAGAGACAAUCUUUAUUGACAGAUGCCUAUUUGAUUUUCCGAAUUUUCAGACUGGGAGGAAGAAUAAAAAAAAUUUGAGAUGCUUCUAGAUAUUUUAAUAAAGAAAAAUACUCAAUAAUUAAUCAUCUUACAAUUUAUUACAAAAUCCAUGGCUUUAGGGAUGGGCGUCUCAUUUAAGGUUACAAGAGGAAAAAGAUGCGCCUUAUAAACAAAUAAUAAAAAAAGGACACUUACUGAAUUAAUAAAAACGCUGCGUUAUCUGGAUUAUCAUUGGAAAAAGAGUUAAUUUUGCUGAGCCAUCAAUAUGAUUGUUAUGCUGCGUAUUGUCCAAAAUUAUAAACUACGCAGAUCAUACAUUCUGUUGAAGUGGGAAAAAAGAGAGAGAAGGGAGGGGGCGAAUAGGAGAAGAGCAUAAACACAUGUAUUCAAAGAAUGGGGAAAUAGUAAAAAAAAGAAAGUG